UUUCUACAUGGAGAACACGAUGAAUCCAACAACUUUGGCUCGAACAAAAUCGGACCAGCUGGUAAUCGAGACGCAGGCGGCUGCGGCAACAACGUUGAAUGAAGCGGCACCGGUGACGUCGGAUAGUGGAGGAAUUCUGUCCCGGAAGUCGAGCAAGCGGUUCAUGAUGGGUGCAUCGCCCGGGCGGAGCAGCGGUGGCGGAAACAAGAACAACACCCACAUUUGGAAGUCGAGGAGUGCUCAGAUGAAGCUGGACACGGAAGAGUUGAGCUUGAGCAGCGGGGCUGCUCUCAGCCGCGCCUCGAGCGCUAGCUUGGGCUUAUCUUUUUCCUUCACCGGCUUCACUGUGCCGCCUGAUGAAAUCGCUGAUUCCAAACCCUUCAGUGACGACGAUAUACCUGAGGACAUCGAAGAUGGACCGUCUAAGCCGAAAUUUCAGACAGAACCUACUUUGCCAUUAUAUCUAAAGUUCAUAGAUGUCACUUACAAGGUGACUACCAAAGGAAUGAAAACUUGUGAAGAAAGGGAUAUAUUGAAUGGAAUCUCCGGUGCUGUAAAUCCUGGGGAAGUUCUAGCACUUAUGGGACCUUCAGGAAGUGGGAAGACAACACUUCUUAACCUACUCGGCGGCCGAUUAAAUCAGUCCUCUGUCGAUGGUUCCGUUACGUACAAUGAUCAACCCUACUCUAAAUUCCUUAAAAGCAGGAUCGGGUUCGUGACUCAAGAUGAUGUCCUGUUUCCGCACCUUACAGUGAAAGAAACAUUGACCUAUGCAGCCCGGUUGCGACUAUCGAAGGCGUUAUCGAGACAGCAGAAGGAAAAGCGAGCCAUAGAUGUCAUUCGGGAGUUAGGCUUGGAGAGAUGUCAAGACACCAUGAUAGGUGGCUCAUUUGUCCGAGGAGUGUCUGGUGGGGAAAGGAAAAGAGUGUGCAUCGGCAACGAGAUCAUAAUCAAUCCUUCCCUUCUCUUUCUUGAUGAACCAACCUCUGGCUUGGAUUCCACAACCGCUUUAAGGACAGUUCAAACACUGCAUGACAUAGCUGAGGCUGGAAAGACUGUGGUGACAACAAUCCACCAGCCGUCAAGUAGACUGUUCCACAAAUUCGACAAGUUGAUUCUUCUAGGGAAAGGCAGUUUACUCUACUUCGGGAGAGCCUCGGAAGUAAUGGUGUAUUUCUCAUCUAUAGGAUGUUCGCCUCUCAUUGCCAUGAAUCCAGCAGAGUUUCUGCUUGACCUUGCGAAUGGAAACAUAAAUGACAUAUCUGUGCCAUCAGAGUUAGAGGACAAAGUACAAAUGGGGACUUCAGAAACUGAAACAAGAAAUGAGAAGCCACCACCAACAGUUGUUCAUGAGUAUCUUGUUGAGGCCUACGAGUCGAGAGUUGCAGAAAAUGAGAAGAAGAAGCUCAUGACUCCUCUUCCCUUAGAUGAUGAAAAUAAGUUAAAAGUGUCUUCUUCGAAACGUGAAUGGGGGGCAAGCUGGUGGGAACAAUAUUGCAUCUUAUUCUGCAGAGGGAUCAAAGAACGAAGGCAUGACUAUUUUAGCUGGUUGAGAAUCACCCAAGUUCUUUCUACCGCAGUCAUCUUGGGAUUACUCUGGUGGCAAUCAGAUACUAAAAGCACCGGAGGUCGUCAAGAUCAGGCGGGAUUGUUGUUCUUCAUUGCUGUGUUCUGGGGUUUCUUUCCUGUCUUUACUGCAAUCUUCACAUUUCCUCAAGAGAGAGCAAUGAUUAAUAAAGAAAGAGCAGCUGACAUGUACAGAUUGAGCGCCUAUUUUUUAGCGAGGACUACAAGCGACCUUCCGCUCGAUCUAAUAUUACCUGUGCUUUUCCUUCUGGUAGUCUAUUUCAUGGCUGGCCUGAGACAGAGUCUCGGUCCCUUUUUUUAUAGCAUGUUUACUGUUUUUCUCUGCAUCGUUGCCGCCCAGGGUCUUGGACUAGCCAUCGGUGCCACAUUAAUGGACUUAAAGAGAGCUACAACUUUGGCUUCAGUAACUGUGAUGACCUUCAUGCUGGCUGGUGGCUAUUUUGUGAAGAAAGUUCCAGUGUUCAUAUCAUGGAUCCGCUAUAUGUCUUUCAACUAUCAUACAUACAAGCUUCUUCUCAAAGUACAAUACCAAGACAUCAUGCCUUCAGUAAACGGGAUAAAAAUAGACAAUGGCUUGAGGGAAGUUGUUGCAUUAGUAGCAAUGAUUUUCGGCUACCGUCUCUUAGCAUACCUAUCUUUGAGGAGGAAGAAACUUCACUCUUGAUCUUAAAGAUACUGCGAUUUCUGAGAGCGUCCCAUGAAUAUGCUUCCGGUUGCCACUAUGCCAAGGCCUCAACCCUCAAGGUUAAUCCUGAAAAGCUUGGGCAUCAUCAGAGAAAGAGUUAUAAAAGAGAAACCUACAAGGAACAAGAAUCAACACCUUGUGUUUUUUACAUUAAGAGGUGGGCUUUGUACCUAACCAUUGUUCAUUAAUUAUCGUGCGAAUUUGGUAACUAGUUAUCAAUAGAGAGAAAGAG